CGGCGGCCAUCCGGGAUGUCGGGACAACAGCAGCCGCCGCCAUCGCCGGCCGCCCCGGGCCCCGCGGGGGUCGUGGCCUCGGCCGGGUCCCCCGGCGGGGGCGGAGCGGGGCUGGGGGCCGCCGCCGCCGCCGCCGCGCUGCUCCUUCACCCGCCGCCGCCGCCGCCGCCGCCUCCGCCGCCGCCACCGCCUCCUCCUCCGCCUCCGCCUCCGCCGCCGCCGGCGCCCUCGGCCCCCACCCCCACCCCCGGCCCCUUCCCUCACGGCGACCCGGCCCUCAACGAGCAGGAGAAGGAGCUGCAGCGCCGGCUGAGGCGCCUCUACCCGGCCGUGGACGAGCGCGACACGCCGCUGCCGCGCUCCUGGAGCCCCAAGGACAAGUUCAGCUACAUCGGCCUCUCGCAGAACAACCUGAGGGUCCACUACAAAGGUCACGGCAAAACCCCAAAAGAUGCAGCUUCAGUUCGGGCCACCCAUCCCAUACCAGCCGCCUGUGGGAUUUAUUACUUUGAAGUAAAAAUUGUUAGCAAAGGAAGAGAUGGUUACAUGGGAAUUGGUCUUUCUGCUCAAGGUGUGAACAUGAAUAGACUACCAGGUUGGGAUAAGCAUUCAUAUGGUUACCAUGGAGACGAUGGGCAUUCAUUUUGUUCUUCUGGAACGGGGCAACCCUAUGGACCAACUUUUACCACCGGUGAUGUCAUUGGCUGUUGCGUAAACCUAAUCAACAAUACCUGCUUCUACACAAAGAAUGGACAUAGUUUAGGUAUUGCUUUUACAGAUCUACCGCCAAAUUUGUAUCCUACCGUGGGACUUCAGACACCAGGAGAAGUGGUGGAUGCCAAUUUUGGGCAGCAUCCAUUUGUGUUUGACAUAGAAGACUACAUGCGAGAAUGGAGAACCAAAAUCCAGGCCCAGAUAGAUCGAUUUCCAACAGGAGAUCGGGAAGGAGAAUGGCAGACCAUGAUACAAAAAAUGGUUUCAUCUUACUUAGUCCAUCAUGGGUACUGUGCCACAGCGGAAGCCUUUGCCAGAUCCACAGACCAGGCCGUAUUAGAAGAAUUAGCUUCCAUUAAGAAUAGACAAAGAAUUCAGAAAUUGGUGUUAGCAGGUAGAAUGGGAGAAGCCAUUGAAACGACGCAACAGUUAUAUCCGAGCUUACUUGAAAGAAAUCCUAAUCUCUUAUUUACGUUAAAGGUGCGCCAAUUCAUAGAAAUGGUGAACGGUACCGACAGCGAAGUCCGGUGUUUGGGAGGCCGCAGCCCCAAAUCGCAAGACAGUUACCCCGUGAGCCCUCGAUCCUUCAGUAGCCCCAGCAUGAGCCCCAGCCAUGGCAUGAAUAUCCAUUGUCUAGCAUCGAGCAAAGGAAACACCACACAUUUUCCUGGUUUCGAAAGUUGUUGUAGUAAUGGAGUAAUAUCAAAUAAAGCACAUCAAACUUAUUGUCAUAGUAAACACCAAUCAACCAGUUUAAAUGUACCAGAACUAAAUAGUAUAAACGUGUCAAGGUCACAGCAAGUUAAUAGCUUCACCAGCAAUGAUGUGGACAUGGAAACAGAUCAUUAUGCCAAUGGAGUUGGAGAAUCUUCAUCCAACGGCUUCUUGAAUGGCAGUUCUAAACAUGACCACGAAAUGGAAGAGUGCGACACAGAAAUGGAAGUCGAUUCGAGUCAGUUGAGGCGUCAGCUGUGUGGAGGAAGUCAAGCGGCCAUCGAAAGAAUGAUCCACUUUGGAAGAGAACUACAAGCUAUGAGUGAACAGCUAAGGCGAGAAUGUGGCAAAAACACAGCAAAUAAAAAAAUGCUAAAGGAUGCGUUCAGUUUACUUGCUUAUUCGGAUCCUUGGAGCAGCCCAGUUGGAAACCAGCUUGAUCCAAUUCAGAGAGAACCUGUGUGCUCGGCGCUAAACAGUGCAAUACUAGAGACCCACAAUCUGCCAAAGCAACCUCCACUGGCCCUAGCCAUGGGGCAGGCCACACAAUGUCUAGGACUGAUGGCUCGGUCAGGAAUUGGCUCCUGUGCAUUUGCCACAGUGGAAGACUAUCUACACUAGCUAUGCAUUUAAAAGAGCGCAAACCUAUAUCGUGGCAUAUAGUCAACAUGGAAGUAGACCAGCUCUGCCGACGUGGAAAUUUAGAUUUUUUUAAUUACGUACUGGGGACAGGUCUUUGUCGCUUUACAUUGCUUCCUAGUUUACAGCAUGAUGCAAAUGAUUUUCUAACUUAGUGUUAGGAGAAAUUAUUUUCCAUCUUUAACCUCUUAGUUGUCUAAGAGUUAAAAUACCACUGAAUUUCAGACAUUCAAACGGAUCUUCACACACAAGCCCUCGAAAACGAUUAUUGAAAAGAAACCAAAAAAAUGAAAUAAAAAGCCCACCUUCGUGGGAGGGGGGGAGGCAAUCUAGAACAAGUUGUGUUUGUGUUAUUAGCAUGUGGGUGAUGUAAACUUCAAACCGGGAGACUCCCCCCGCCCCCCACCCCCCCGCCCGCCCCCUCCCCCAAUCCCAUUCUUACCGUUUAAUCAGUGUAACUUGCAAAAUGCAGAAACACCUGACAGUUCGGAUUUAUAGUGUUGAUGGAAGAAAUCAUUUUUACUGUGUACUGUAAAACUUGAAAUACUCAGGAGCUGAGUGAAUAUGUUCGUUGCUACUUACAAUCCCAACCUGUUUGGUCCCAGUAGUUUUGUUUUAACAUGGUCUUUUUCAACUUUGUUUUCUGUUUAACUGCAGACGACUUCUGUUGUAGACUCACGAGUUUAACUGUUGUAUUAUAACAGUAUUACAUGUCGACACAGUGUGGUUAUGACCUUUAUUUAUAUAAAAACCAAAUAUUUAGUCAAUUUACAGUGUCUUAAUUUAAUCUUUGUACACCUUCCAUUUUUAAGUGCUUCGAUGAGUACUAUAUUGCAAUAAAAUGUAGUGAUAUGAUUAACCAGCCAUUAAAAAUUUACUUCUACAGA